GAGAGUGAGAGAAAGAGAGAGCGAUAGCGAGAGAGAGAGAGAGAGAGAGAGAACAACAGGUGUAUAAGGAGAAAGGAAGCAGGCAGACAUGAGCAUGGACUCAGUCAAGACCUGAUAUAUUGGUUUCACGGAGUUGUUGUGGGGUUUUUUUCUUCCCAGCUGAGACAAACGCAACUUCCUGAUUUGUCUCAGCUGCUGAUUUUUUUUUUUUUUUUUUUAAACAGAUAUGACAGUUGUUUACUUCAGCAGCAACUGUCCUGCUCAGCUGCUGCGCGCGCGCGAUUCCGUCUCGUCCUUCUAAACUUCCGGCUACAGCAAUGAAAAUAUCCGGAAUAACUUUUCUGCACUUUUUACUUUUAUGUCAAACAGCAUUAACAGAUGAGGAGGUUACAAUAAUCAGAGAGUUGGGGGAGAACAUUGUGCUGCCAUGCCUCGACCUCCCCGUCAACACCACUCCGUCAGUGACCCGCUGGAAAAAGGGCGGGGUGGUGUUGGCCACCCAUAACCACUCUCUACCGACGCACACAGCGCAGCAUAUAUCCAUCCUGGACAACAGCAGCUUGAGCAUCACCGGCUUGAUGACUAUAGAUGAGGAAGUGUAUCAGUGUGAGACUGAGCCGAGGACUACUGACGUGCCACGUGAAUUUCAGCUACUGGUCACAGAUGGUCCAAAGAACAUGGUGGUAAAAGUAAAACCCGCCACGUCUCUCGCAAACGGAACGUGGUUCGUCGUGAAAGGCGCAGACGUUAUUUUUAACUGUUCCAGCAAGUCAUAUCCCUCGCAGAACCUGACCUGGAUUUUUGAGGAUAUGACUCUGAAAGAAAACAAAAGCAGGGCGUUUGGGAAUAAAUCAUCUCUGUACUUUGAGAUCUUUAACAUUCAGCCUGAGGAUCAGAGAAACUACACGUGCCUCGCUCAGAACACCGUCUCCAAGAAAACUGAGACACGGAGCCUGGAACUGCUCGUCUACUAUGCUCCAGAUUUUCAUCCGAACUGCAUUUGGCACCAUGGCUCUCAGCUCGAUCAGGUCGUCUUUAACUGCUCCUGGUAUGGAGCUUACCCAAGCCCCACACUGACGGUGUUAUUGGACUCACAAGCAGGCGGGAAGCCUAUACUGAAUAGAUCGCAGGAGACUGAGAACUUUGAGCUGAUUCUGAACAGGAGCAUGCUGUAUGAGGGCCAGAAGAUCACCUGUGUAGGACAACACAUAGCACAAAAGAAUGGGCACAAGAAGAUGUGCAUCUUCACACUUGCGGCUCCGUACCCAGUUGGACAACCGAUGGUUGCUGCUCUGGAAGGCACGAACGUCACCCUCACAUGCUCUGAGUCCAAGUCUCUGCCUCCUGCUAAAACCGAAUGGCGGCAAGGACAAAAGAAGGAGCCCAUCGUUCCCAGCUCUAAGUACAUUGUGGUUGAGCAGGGCCCGAUUCUGAGCCUCACUAUAGUCAAUGCCUCCAUGGAUGAUCAGGGCGUGUAUUUCUGCUGGAGUGAAAAUGCUCUCGCUUUCCAUGCACUCGAGGUCUACCUUACUAUCAGAUCCUCUGCGGAUAAAUCCGGAGCUAUGGUUGGGGUCUUCAUAUCAGUUUUAAUUUUAGCAGCUGGAAUCACGGUGGGCUAUUUCAUGUACACCCGCCGCGACAGGAUAUGUCUGGGUUUCCAGAUUGGUCGUUCAAAGAAUGACAACAUGGAUGUGAUGAAUCUCAUCGAGUCCGACGAGGAAGACGUUUUCCACGAUGCUGUUCCGAGGCUCCCUCCACUUGCUAACGGUCACGUUUCCGCUCCAGCGACCACUCUCGUAGAAAUUCACCACAUUCAGUCUAGUGAUCACGAAGAUAAUGUGAAUGAUACAGACCUAGAUCAUCACACACAAGACUGGACACAGGAUCACACACAGGAUCAGACACAGGAUCGCACUCAGGAUCACACACAGGAUCACACACAGGAUCGCACACAGGAUCACACAGAUCCAGAUGAAAAAUAAAGAAAAGGGACUUACUGGACAUUUGUGACUGUACAGAAUUUCUUUAAAGAGCCAUUAUGGUGGCUCAUUUUUCAAAUGCAGGGAUCUGAAGUUGCAAUUUGUGUGUUUGUGUGUGUGUUUGUUGGUUUUUAUGUUGCAUUUAUAGGAUUAGACAUGUUAAAAUACAGUCAGCUGUAUAAAGAAAGUAACAAUUGUAUAGUUUUCUUUUUUCUUUUUUCUUUUUUUUUACUUGCCGUAUUAUUUUGGCCACAUUGCAGAUAAAAGCUUAAAAGCUUUAAUUGUGUGUGUGUGUAUGUAUGUGUGUGUAUGUGUGUGUUGUUACCCGCUGCUUUGUACAGAAACAUAAAAACUGUCUGUAUGUUUUAAGACAAUGUUUUGGCAGUUGGUUAUUUUUUAUUUUUUCCUUUUAAAUUCACUUUUAUUUGAAUGUAAAAGAAGCUUGCUUUCUUCUGACUGAUUUCUUUGAGAAUGAUGCAAUAUACCUACAGCAGCUACUGUAAAUGCUAUGCAGGGUUUCAGUGCAGCAGGUGAAUGUCUUUAAUUUUUCUGAAUAAAUUAUUAAUCUGAUGAGAAGGAACAGAAGGUGUCAGGAGAGUGUUGCCACAGUGAGUGGUUUUCCUUCUGUUGGGCUUUUUUUUUUUUAAAUUGGAAUGGAAAAAAACACAAGCUCUAUUUCAUAUAGUUUAGAAACAUUUGUCAGGCUCUAGAUGAUCAUCAAUGUGGAUGGAAAGUCAAUGCAUUACUGUACACUGAUGGAGAUUUUAUGUACAAAUUGUUUCUUGUUGAAUGCUUUGGGAAAAUUGAUUGAUAAUGUUGAAUGAAUGCUGAAUUGAUAAUGCUGAAUGAAAGAUUUUGACCAAGCUUGAA